AUGAACGGCAUGGAGAAAAAGAAGAAGAACGACAAGAACAAGCGCGAGGAAAACACCCCGACAAUUUUUAAGGUCCCCCGUUACAUCCCCCAGGACGACGAAGAUGGAGGCGAAUUCUACGCCAAGGGCAAGGAUGAUGUACUGACAAAAAAGGAUGGCUUGGUCAGAGGUGACCAUGCCCUGGGGGCAGAAGAAAAAUCCAGUCACCACGUGGACGUGAGUGCCGAGUCGGACGUUGACCUCCACUCCGAACUCGACUUAGAAGAAACAGAGAAGGUAUGGUUCACCAAUUUGUUGCGGAAAAAGGGGGAGGAACACACUGGAAGGGGACAAAAACAGGGAAGAUCUGGGCCAUACUCCGGAGUAGAGUCCCAGUCAGAGGAGGAAGAAGAGGAAGACCGCACGGAGGAUGACGAGGAAGACGAAAUUGUUAUAAAUGCCGAUGCUAUCUUUAAAAAUAUUUAUCCCUUUUUUAAAACGGAAGAAGACCCAAAUUAUUUGAAAUACAAAAAGGAGCUGCAAAAAAUUGUAAAAAAUAAGUCUUGA